UGUUUCGGUCCGACCCGCGGUGCGUUCAGCUAGAGGACUCUACUGAAGUAUUUUUCUUUUUUUUUAGCCUUCGCGUGGACAGGAGCAGCUAUCGACUCCUAUGGGACCAUAGCUAUUCAGCAGUCGUGCUAGCCCACACCUUCGACAUUGGUCACACUUGCCUACCUGUGCUGCUCUGUCCAUCGUGAUCAGGCCUAGCCAAUUUUGGCAAGUCGAGACAAUGUCCAUCUGGUAUUUUGACAGAAAAGAACUGAGGAACACUCCAUCAGUUAUACAAGACGGCAUCAGUUAUGACACUGAAAGGCGGUACAGGAAAGAAGGAGGAAAAUUCAUCAUCGACUUGGGAGCAAAAAUGGGAUUGAGAUACAACACAAUGGCUACUGGUGUUGUGUACUUCCAUCGGUUCUACAUGUUUCAUUCAUUUAGAAAAUUUCCACGAUAUGUAACUGCAUGUAGCUGCUUGUUUCUGGCUGGGAAGGUGGAAGAAACUCCAAAGAAAUGCAAGGAUAUAAUAAAGAGUGCCAAGGCUCUCCUUACUGAGCAAAAUGUUGGAGAAGAAGUAUUGGCACAAUUUGGAGAUGAUCCAAAGGAAGAGGUGAUUACUCUAGAGAGGAUCUUACUGCAGACCAUCAUGUUUGAUCUUCAGCUUGAGCACCCUUACAGAUAUCUGAUCAAGUAUGCAAAGUGCCUAAUUGGCGAGAAGUCAAGAUUGGAGAAGAUGGUGCAGAUGGCAUGGACAUUUGUCAAUGACAGUUUAUGCACAACGCUGUGCCUUCAAUGGGAACCAGAGAUAAUUGCCAUAGCCAUGAUAUACUUAGCCUGCAAGCUUUGCAAGUUUGAUGCUGGUGACUGGAUUGGGAAAACUCCCAAGCAGACACGAUGGUGGGAUAUGUUUGUGGUUGAUGUGAAGAAUGAGCUGCUAGAUGAUAUCUGCCAUCAACUACUGGAUAUCUACACCCAGCCAACUGAGGAGAAAUCUCACCCCAAGUCCCCCCCACCGAAGCCAGUAACACAACAGCCAUUGCAGGAAACAACUACUCCACCCCAACUUGCUUCUCAGCCUUCACAGUCUGGCAUAACAGCACCCCAACCAAUAACAGGAGUGAAAAAGGAACACCCAGCAGUGGUAACUCCAAGAGGAAGUUCAUCUGCAACUCGAAACAUUCCAGGACUCUCACCUUUGGACUGGGGUCAAAUAGGAAUGGAUGGGAUCCCUCCUUUGAAGAAACCCAAAUCAGAAGGUGGAACACCAACAGCUGCUGUUCCUCCUCCCCCAGCACCUACUGCUGCUCCUCCCCAACACCCAUUGUACCCACCAUCACCAUAUCAGGGACCUGGAUAUCCCGCAGGUGGACCACCUCCCCCUCCUGGACCUACAAUGUAUCCACCUCCUCAUUAUCCUGGAUCCAGUUCAGGUCCACCUGGCCAGUAUCCCCCUCCUAAUUACCCCCCUCCUCCCCCACCUCCACCCCCAUCUUCCAAUCACUAUCCACCUUAUUAUCAUCCUCCCCCUCCUCCUCCACCUCCAAUGCCUAUAGCUGUGUGCCAGCGAAGUGAGGCACAGGUUGAUGACACAGAUCGUCCACGAUUUCCAGGUUCUCGAUCUCGUUGGUCUGAAAAAUUGGAAUUUGUGGAACCUCACAAAUAUGAUGGGAUUCCUGUGUAUAGAGUCAUGAAUGCUAAAGGUCAAGUCAUUGAUCCAGCCUCUGACCCACACAAAAUUUCCAUGAUCUCACAGCUGAAUGAUGAAUUGUUGGUGAAGAUGUACAAGGAUAUGACACUUAUGAAUGCCAUGGAUCGUAUCUUGUAUGAAUCUCAGAGACAAGGAAGAAUCUCUUUUUACAUGACCAAUUUUGGAGAAGAGGGGACACAUAUUGGCAGUGCUGCAGCUCUUGAUCCCAAAGACCUUGUCUUUGGACAAUAUCGAGAAGCAGGUGUCCUCAUGUAUCGAGGGUUCACCCUGGAUGACUUCAUGAACCAAUGCUACUCAAAUGCAGAGGAUUUGGGAAAAGGGAAACAGAUGCCUGUACAUUAUGGAUGCUCUAAGCUGAAUUUUGUCACCAUUUCCUCUCCUCUUGCAACACAGAUGCCUCAGGCUGUUGGAGCUGCAUAUGCAUACAAGAGAGCAGAGAAUGGACUCCGCAACAACGGCUAUGCUAUAUCUACACCUACUCAGGAGCAGUAUGCAGGUGAUGGGAUUGCAGGAAGAGGACCUGCUUAUGGCAUCACUUCAAUUCGAGUUGAUGGCAAUGAUGUGCUUGCUGUAUACAAUGUCACCAAAGAGGCCAGGCGCAUAGCUGUUGAAGAGAUGCGACCUGUUCUCGUUGAAGCCAUGACUUACAGGAUAGGACAUCACAGCACCUCAGAUGACAGUAGUGCUUAUAGAAGUGUGGAUGAGGUAAGAAGUUGGAGUGAACAGGAUCAUCCCAUUACAAAAAUGAGGUACUAUUUAGAACAGAAGAAUCUCUGGAAUGAAAAGCAAGAGGAGGAAUGGAAAAGUUCUUCUAAGAAACAGUCUUGGACUUCUGGGUCCAUAGUCCUCAAUAAUGUACUGUAUCGGUUCACAAUUUGCAUGAUUUGCUGGUUGCAUGUGUUCACUCUGAUGAUAAAGGAGGAAGAAGAGGUGGCUGUCAAGUUCUCAUGUCAAAGUGGUAUGGGCAGUAAAGAAGUGGUGCUGAAGGUUUUCCUGUUUGCCAAAGCUCGUGAAUUGGUGGGAAAGAAAGAGACAGUGAUUGCACUUCCUGUGACUCUCUCAGCCUCUGACCUGAAAGCAAUCAUCCUUACUAAACUUCCACAAUUGUGUGCCAUUGAAGCUUAUGUCCCCAUGGCAGAAAAAGUCCUCAAGGAGGUUUGUCAGGAUGCCAGGAAGCAUUGGAAUCUCAAGCACAUCUCCAUCUACCAUAGGUUAGGAGUAGUGCCGAUUGGAGAGACAAGUGUGGGUGUUGCCAUUUCUUCAGUUCAUCGCAAGGACUCUCUGGAUGCUCUUCAUUUCAUCAUAGAUUCCCUUAAAGCCAGAGCUCCCAUCUGGAAAAAGGAAACUGUGAUAGUGGGAUUGGAUACAUAUAUUGCCCACAAGAGAGAAGGAUGUCGAGAUGUGACUGUAUCACCAGCUGUCUCAUCAACAGAUCAGCAAGCAUCCACACCUUCAUCUUCCCUUCUGUCCAUAGGGAACAUAGGGCUUUCCCCAAGUCCAAUUCCAAGUCCAGUUCCAGUCCUGAAUCGCCAAGGUUUCUUUUCCUCCCUGGAGUUGCAGAGCAGAGUGUUUGCACCAAUCCAGUGCUUGGAUCCAUCCAAUGUUGAAGAGGACCCUCUGUCUUCAGCUGAGCUCAUCAUCCAUCCUUCUUCAGGAACUCAUCGGGAGAAGGCAGAUGCCAUUGAUGCCUAUUUGGAUGAGAUCCAGGACACAUGCCCUUCAUCUCCUCCACCUCGUAAUCGCAUCAGAGGCAAGUGGUUACCUGGUUCCAAAAGGGGGAAAAAGAGACUCAAGGGCUUCUAUUACUGUGAAGCUUGUGACAAGACACUGAACACAAGGAUCUCUUAUAAGAAACACUGUGCCACAGAAGCUCACUUUAUCAAGAGCAAUACUCUCCAGGAACAAUCCACCAAGACUGAGAUAGUGGUGAAGAAGAGAGUUCGGCGUCUCACACCAAAGAUGGCAAUUUUGAAGAAGACUCAAGGCUCAACACUGAAACAAGAGAUGCAGCUGCAGCAAGAGACUGUGAAUUUAAGCCUGUUAUGGUGGCGUAAAUGCAUGAGAGAGAAUCGAUGCCCCUUGUGUCAUUCACAAGAGUUCCAGGAAAAGGUUGAUGUAGCAAGUCAUGUCAUGCAGGAACACAUGAAGGAUGGAAAACUGGGUGAUAGAUGUGAUGAAGGGCAAGGAUUACAUGAGAUGAUGGGACACAUUGCAUGGUGUCAGGAGGAACAAAUACUAAGCAGCUCAGAGGGAAAGGCAGUAACAUCAUUGUUUGGGCGGCAGGUCUCCCCUGAAGAGGCUGUGAGAAAGCUGAAGGAGGUGCAAGCUGAUGGUGAGAAAGUGAGGCGGUGGCAAUGUGACAUAUGUAGAGCAGAAUUCAAGGUCCAUCAGGUUGGCAUCACCCAUGUGAUUGUCCAGCAUCAUGAUGUCCUUAUCAAUGAUGUCUCCUCCUCCACUGAUGUGGGUCAUUCUGAUGAUGAUAAUGAAAAUUCCAAGAAAGAAACAGAGAAGCAGAAGAGUUUGGAACAAAAGGUGGUAUUAAAGAAUAUCAUAAGCAAGACAAAACGAAAGGGACGAGCUAAGUGGAAAUGUAGACACUGCAGCAAACGCUAUGAGAGUCGACGGCCAUAUUUGAAGCAUCUUCUCCUCAUCCAUGAUGAGGUGGUAUGUGUAUUUGCUUGUGAGAUCUGUGGAUAUGAGAACACAAAGCAGAUGGAGUUAAUUGUUCAUCGAGUAAAGCAUGAACGUGUCCCUCCCCUUGAUGUGAGCCAGGACCUCCCAACAUCUGCCUUCAACUGCAUUAUGUGUGAAGAUGUCAUACAGGAGGAAGAGAUCCAACUCCACAUGGAAGAGCAUUUGAGGAGAAUCCCCCAGGUGGAAUAUGAUGGCUUUAGCUUGGUUCCAAAGAAUACAAAGUAUCGAGGCAGUACCACAUCAUCCCUCUUCAAAUUUAUUCCCUUCUACCAAUGUUAUUUGUGUCAACGGAGGACAAUGACUCGGUUGUCUCUCCUCAGGGACCACAUCACAUCACAUCUACAUGAGGGAUUUCGUGAACGUCUUCCAUGUGACAUUUGUGGUCUCCUCAUCCUCAAAAAGACAAUCAGGGCACACCAGAGACUCCACAACUCUGAGUUAUUACGCAAAUGUCCAGUGGAAUCAUGUGUAUUCAUCAGCACAUCGGAAGCAAUCCUGAAGGCUCAUCAUGACACAGUCCAUGUCCGAGAGGCCAAGUACCUCUGCAACACUUGUGGGAAGUCCUUCACAAAUCCGCGUUACCUCACCAAACACAUUGCCAACAUGCAUGAAGAACAAGAGAAGGGAGUGAAAUGUCCCCAUCCAGGCUGCACAUUCACAGGGAACAACCUCAAGAGGCACCUUCUUGUUCAUGGUGAACUAAAGCCUUACAAGUGCCCUUAUUGUCUCUACACUUGUAAGGUUAAGGAGAACCUGAAGGUGCAUAUCAUGAAGACAGGACUGCACACAGGCAAGUCCCUAUACCCAUGUCCAUUGUGCCAAAUUGGCUUCAACAAGCAGCAUGACUUUGUCACCCACCUAGUCCAAGAGCACAAUCAACAGUUUCCCACGAUCAAAGAGGCUAAAGCAUAUGCUGCAAAAAGUGAAGAUUCAAUUGAAGAAGAAUAUGAAGAAACAUCAUAUGAUGAAAGCAGAGAUGACAGAAGCGAAGACAUGGAGAUUCACAGAGGAUAUAUAACUCCCAAACCGUUGAAUAGUCCUGAUGAACCCCUAUUCUUGCGGAAGGACCGAACGGAUAGGAAAGUUUGCAUCCCCAAGGAGAGGGUCCGCUUUGGUAUGGAGUCAUACCAGAUCAGCGAAUCCGCCAAU